AUGGCGGUCUCCCCUGACCUCUUCCCUGCAGGGCUCUACGUGCUGGUUGGAGCCGGGGCCCUGAUGAUGGCCGUGGGGUUCUUUGGAUGCUGCGGAGCCAUGCGGGAGUCACAGUGUGUGCUCGGAUCAUUUUUCACUUGCCUACUGGUGAUAUUUGCUGCUGAAGUAACCACUGGAGUAUUUGCUUUUAUAGGCAAGGGCGUAGCUAUACGACAUGUUCAGACCAUGUAUGAAGAGGCUUAUAAUGAUUACCUUAAAGACAGGGGAAAGGGAAAUGGGACUCUCAUUACCUUCCACUCAACAUUUCAGUGCUGUGGAAAAGAAAGCUCUGAACAGGUCCAACCCACGUGCCCAAAGGAGCUUCUAGGACACAAGAAUUGCAUUGAUGAAAUUGAGACCAUAAUCAGUGUUAACCUCCAGCUCAUUGGAAUUGUCGGUAUUGGAAUUGCAGGUCUCACGAUCUUUGGCAUGAUAUUCAGCAUGGUCCUUUGCUGUGCGAUACGAAACUCACGAGAUGUGAUAUGAAGCUACUUCUACAUGAAAAUUGCAAUCUGGAGCUUUCAUACCAAAUGUCACACGAGCUGUCUCUUGGCUCAUUUUUAAUAUUCAAAGGACGUUAGAAUCUAAAAUAAUUCGCUGUCAUUUGUACAUUUGCACAUGUAUGUAUGUUUGGCUCAUUACUGGUUUACUCCUUGAAUGAAUGCUUGUGUGUUGACUGAGAGUA